AAACUCCAGGGUUUGUCCCGAAAUGUGACGUCAGACAGAAGGACUCACUUGUAGCGAGCGUUGACCGGCGCUGGCUGUCAUUUCCUCGGCGCCGUUUUGCAAUAAUCUGAGCUCGUGGAAUACGUUCUAUUUUUUUUUACAAGAAUCUCAUUCUGGGUUCAAUGAAGUUGAUAUUGGCAUCUCGUAAUGAGGUGGCUUCUGCCGUGGAUUCUAAUAGUAGCCAGCACUCAUCAGGUCUUUUCCCAACAUCCCACAGCCAUGCCUCCCUUGACACCGACCAUAGAGCUGUAUAACCGUACAGCGUACUGCAAAUGGCCGUGCAAGUGUGCCAAGAGCGCCCCCCUGUGUCCGCCAGGGGUCAGUGUGCUCAUGGACGGCUGUGACUGCUGUAAGGCCUGUUCCAAGCAGGUGGGGGAGACCUGCAACGAGGCGGACGUCUGUGACUACCAUAAGGGACUGUACUGUGACUACAGCGUGGACAAGCCGAGGUACGAAAAAGGAGUAUGUGCCUACAUGGUGGGCACAGGCUGCGAGUACGACGGAGUGAUCUACCGGAACGGUCAGAGCUUCCAACCCAGCUGUAAGUACCGCUGUCUGUGUGUAAACGGCGCCAUCGGUUGUGUGCCGCUCUGCACAGACUCCCAACCACCCCGGGUGUGGUGCCAGACGCCCAGGCGGGUCAAACUGCCGGGUCGAUGCUGUGAGCAGUGGAUCUGUGACGAGCCCAGGAAGACGCGCAAGGCAGACCCCAAGCAUGCGGAGAUAGUGCGCGCCAGCCACAAUGAGGUCUGGCAUAAGAACUGCAUUACCCAGACAACCUCCUGGUCCCCGUGUUCCAAGACCUGUGGACGUGGCCUGUCCCUGAGGAUCUCCAACGCCAACGACCAGUGUGAGUUGAUCAAGGAGUCGCGCCUCUGCAACAUCCGGCCCUGUGACGUGGACAUCACCAAGCACAUCAAGCCAGGGAAGAAGUGUCUGAACAUUUACAGGGAAGAGCAGAGCCAGAACUUCACAAUCUCAGGCUGCAACAGCAAGAAGCCCUACCGUCCAAAAUACUGUGGUGUCUGCGUGGCCACAGACGAUCGCUGCUGCAUCCCUUACAAGUCCAAGACUAUCGAGGUGGAGUUCGAGUGUCCCAACGGAGCCACUCUGACAUGGCAGGUGAUGUGGAUCAACGCCUGCUUCUGUAACCUCAGCUGCAGGAACCCCAACGAUAUCUUCUCUGAGCUGGAGCACUACUACGACCACAAUGACGUCAUCAACUGACAACUGAGCAGCCUUGUCCGAGCCUGAACGUACGGCCCACAGGGCAGGAGACCAUCUCCUGUUUCUGUAGCAUGAGGUAGUUUAGUGUACAAGUACAACCCCUGGGUAAGACACUAGUCUGCCUCGGGGCCUUUUACCCAAAUACAUCUCCUGAAUGCUGAAUGCCAAGCGUUUUUAGAGUCUUUGGUAUGAUUCGACUGGGGAGAACUGAGCAGAGGACAGGUUCAUUUAGGUUAUUAUUGACUCCAGCUUUACAUUCCUUGGAAUAAAGGGAUUGAUGAUUUGUUGCUUAGUUGAAUUAGAUGUUCAAGUACCAGGCUGGAACAAAGCCUGCACACCCCUAAGGUCACCAGGAGUAGGAUUGAAGAACAUUGCAGUUGAACCCUGCCCAAACUCUUCAUUAUAAUCUUGAUAAAAAAUAAAAAUAAAUAAUGCACAGAGUUUAUCAAUUAUUUAACCUCCAUUCAAUGAAAGGAAAAGGGAUGUAGUUGUUUUUCAAUUCAAUUCAUCAGAGAAUGAACUCUACAAGGUGUCCAAAGCAUUCCACAGGGAUGCUGGUCCAUGUGGACUCUACAAGGUGUCCAAAGCAUUCCACAGGGAUGCUGGUCCAUGUGGACUCUACAAGGUGUCCAAAGCAUUCCACAGGGAUGCUGGUCCAUGUGGACUCUACAAGGUGUCAAAAGCAUUCCACAGGGAUGCUGGCCCAUGUGAACUCUACAAGGUGUCAAAAGCAUUCCACAGGGAUGCUGGUCCAUGUGGACUCUACAAGGUGUCAAAAGCAUUCCACAGGGAUGCUGGUCCAUGUGGACUCUACAAGGUGUCAAAAGCAUUCCACAGGGAUGCUGGCCCAUGUGGACUCUACAAGGUGUCAAAAGCAUUCCACAGGGAUGCUGGUCCAUGUUGACUCUACAAGGUGUCAAAAGCAUUCCACAGGGAUGCUGGCCCAUUUUGACUCUACAAGGUGUCAAAAGCAUUCCACAGGGAUGCUGGCCCAUGUUGACUCUACAAGGUGUCAAAAGCAUUCCACAGGGAUGCUGGCCCAUGUUGACUCUAAAAGGUGUCCAAAGCAUUCCACAGGGAUGCUGGCCCAUGUUGACUUCAAUGCUUCCCACAGUUGUGUCAAAUUGGCUGGAUGUCCUUUGAGUGGUGGACCAUUCUUGAUACACACAGGAAACUGUUGAGCGUGAAAAACCCAGCAGCGUUGCAGUUCUUGAUACAAACCGGUUCACCUGGCACCUACUACCAUACCCCGUUCAAAGGCACUGACAUCUUUUGUCACUGUCUGAAUGGCACACAGACACAAUCCAUGUCUCAAGGCUUUAAAAUCAUUCUUUAACCCGUCUCCUCCCCUUCAUCUACACUGAUUGAAGUGGAUUUAACAAAGUGACAUCAGUAAGGGAUCAUAUCUUUCACCUGUAUUCACCUGGUCAGUCUGUCAUGGAAUGUUUUGUACACUCAGUAUAUUAAAGGAAGUUGAUCAUGUAUUUGUGAUGAUACCAUAGUAGGACACAGGGGUCAAACCUAUUGUAAUUAUGCAUCAUAUUCAUAUGGGGAUAAUCUUCUACCAAGUUAGGGCAUUAACCACUGGAGUGGUCAUCCUGUUGUGUACUCUUCUGUUUCCCUCUUUUUGUGCCAUGUCAUUAAGCUUACUGUGUAUGUACUGUUGUGCUCAACAUUUAGUCAAGUAUUUUGUAGUUUACUGCAAAGUGUACAGUAUAUCAGACAAGAUUCUCUCACAUUUUCUCAGUUUUGCAUUGAUUUCCAUUGACUCUUAGUGAACAAUAAUAGUGUUUGUCUCAAUGUCUGCGUUGUCAAGUCAGUUAUUAUUUGAGCUCUACGAGGUUAAAAGUGUAUCAACUUUUUAUUGAUUGAAACUUGAUUGAUCAGCUCAAUAAGUGUUGUCAUUUAUUUCAUUGGUCAAUACUCUAGUAAACCAUGUACCAUAUCAAAUGUCAUCAUAAACAACAAACAAACUCAUCCAGGAAGUCACAUUUGAUUGGUUCAAAUAAAUACAAAGUAUUAAGAUUUGGGUCGUGACAAAUCUUUUCAAAUAAAUUUUGUAAAAAUAA